CGCCGACGUUUUAUCGUUCACUACUUUUACCACCAGCAACAUCCACUCCGUUCGACGGCUUCGGAUCACAUCCCAAGCAGAGCAUCCGCCUCCCACUACAUCAAAUUGAAAGCGCAAAAAUGAAAGUAGCCAUCUGUCUGCUUGCCAUCGUCGCCGUGGCCCUUGCCGCCCCCCAGGAACGCGAUGGAGCUGCCCUGACGAGCGAAGCCAUCCGACAGGCCCAGUCGCAGCAGCUGAUCCCCCGCGAUGCCACCAUCCAGGGAGUGCAGGAAGGCAUCCAGGUUGCCGCCAUCGAGUCCAUCCCCGGAGACCAGCGCGUCGAUCUGUUCCAGCUGCUCGGCGAUCAGGUCCCACGUGAGGUUAUCUCCAAUCUGCAGUCGCAGGUUGACCAGGUCGGACACAACUAAGUGAAUGGUGCACGUUUGCAGAACCACCCUGCAGCGAUUUUUUUUUCUCAAGUCAACGGAUGACGGAUUUGGACUCACGAUACGAUGAUACGCACUGAGGCAUUAGGACAGUAUUUGAUUUUUAUUUUUUGUGUUAGCUAAACAACGAACAUCUCGACAAAUCGUAUUAGAAUAUGAUUUUUGUUUCUCUCUUCAUAGUUACCAUUCGAUAGGAAAAAAACACACUUGUUAUUCUUCCACGAUAGUGCCAAUAAUCCUUUUGUGGUUGUACCAUCGAAGGGAUGUGUUUUUGUUUACCAUUGUAGAUGUUAAGGAUAAAGGAACUUUGAUGUAAUAAAAGAAUGAAAAACCUAAAAA